AUGGCCGCCCCCAGGCUCUCGCCCGCCGACAUCAAGCAGCUCGGCCAGCCGCCGCCGCCCGGCUCUCCCUAUGGAGUCCCCGUCCCCAACUCGGAACGUGCCGGCCGCAGCGCCGUCUACAGGCACUUUCGCUUCCGGGACCGGCCUCUCCUGACGACGUUCGAUCCCGACGUCCGCUCCACCCAUGACCUCUUCGAGUGCGCCGUCCGCAAACGCCCCGGCAAGAACUGCCUUGGCGCUCGCACCUGGAAUCCCGCGACGAAGACGUGGGGCGACAAGUUUGACUGGCUCACCUACGCCCAAGUUGCCGAGCGCCGAAAGCAUUUUGGCGCCGGCAUCGUCGAGGUCCACAGCCGCAUGGGCUACACGGCGGACAAGUACGGCGUCGGCCUCUGGUCCCAGAACCGCCCCGAGUGGCAGAUUACCGACCUCGCCCUCGCCUCCCAGUCCCUCUACACCGUCUCCCUCUACGAGACGCUGGGCCCCGACACGACCGAGUACAUCGUCAACCACGCCGAGCUCGUCUCCAUCGCCUGCUCCUUGCCUCACAUCCCGACGCUGCUCAAGCUCGCCCCGAGAUUGCCCAACCUCAAGAUCAUCAUCUCCCUCGACCCCCUCGACGGCGGCGAGCUCGAAGGUCACUCCAAGGCCUCGGUCCUGAACCAGCUCGCCGCCCAGCACGGCAUCACCGUCUACUCCAUGCAAGAGGUCGAGGCCAUCGGCGCCAGCUCCGGUCGCCCCAUGCGCCCGGCCGGGUGGGACGACAUCUCCACCAUCAACUACACGUCCGGCACCACCGGCCCCCCCAAGGGUGUCAUCCUGACGCACGGCAACGCCGUCGCCGCCAGCUCGUCGGCCCGUCUCGGCGGCAGCGUCGGCCACAACGACAUUCACCUGUCCUACCUCCCCCUCGCCCACAUCUACGGCCGCAUGAUCGACCAGGUCGCCCUCGCCGAGGGCGCCUCCAUCGGCUUCUUCCGCGGCGACAUCCUCGGCCUCGUCGACGACAUGAAGAUCCUCCAGCCCACCGGCUUCAUCUCGGUGCCCCGCCUCUUCAACCGCUUCAACUCGGCCAUUCGCACCGCCACCCUCGAGGCGCCCGGCCUCCGAGGCGCCCUCUCGAGGCAGGUCAUCAGCACCAAAAAGGCCAACAUGCGCGCCCCGCCCGGCCAGGCCUCCAACACGCACUUCCUCUACGACCGCAUCUGGACCCCCAAGGUCAAGGCCGCCGUCGGCCUCACCAGGGCCCACGCCAUGAUCAGCGGAAGCGCCCAGCUCGACCCGGACGUGCAGGAGUUCCUCCGCGCCGCCUUCGCCAACAACUUUGCCCAGGGCUUCGGCAUGACGGAAACCUACGCCGUCGGCACCCUCCAGAUGAACGGCGACUUUUCCCUCGGCAACGUCGGCGCCCCCAUGGGCGCCGUCGAGGUCUGCCUCGAGUCCGUCCCCGACUACGAGUACUCGGUCGACGACAAGCCCAACCCCCGCGGCGAGAUCCUCGUCAGGGGCCCGAGCAUCUUCCAAAAGUACUACAAGAACCCCGACGAGACGCAGAAGACGCUCGAGGCCGACGGCUGGUUCCACACGGGCGACAUCGCCGAGGUCGACAGCAUGGGUCGCUUCAAGAUCAUCGACCGUAAGAAGAACGUGCUGAAGCUGUCGCAUGGCGAGUACAUCUCCCCCGAGCGCAUCGAGAACGUCUACGCCGGCAGCACGAACCUCGUCGCCAUGGGCUACGUCCACGGCGACGCCAAGGAAUCGUCCCUCGUCGCCGUCUUCGGCGUCGACCCGGAGAACUUCCCGCCCUUUGCGAGCAAGGUCCUCAAGGAGGACGUCCCCGUCGGCGACGCCGACGCCAUCAGGAAGGCCGCCCAGAACCCCAAGGUCAAGAAGGCCUUCCUCCAGGUCCUCGACAACAUCGGCCGCAAGCACAAGUUCAACAGCUUCGAAAAGGUGCGCAACGUCCACCUCGACUUGGAGCCCUUUAGCAUCGAGAACGAGCUCCUCACGCCGACGCUGAAGAUGAAGAGGCCGCAAGCCGCCAAGGCCUUCCGCGCUCAGAUCGACCGCAUGUACGAGGAGAUUGCUGCCGAGGCGGCCAUUGGCGGCGCCAAGCUGUGA